AUGUCCCAAAUACUGCUGACAUCAUUAAGCGGAGCCUUAACUCUGCUGGUGUUCGCAUCCUUCAUCCCCCAAAUACACCAUGUGUGGCUGAGAAAAGAGGCUGGAAGGGUUUCUCUAAACUAUCUUCAAUGGAACUUGAUCCAUUCCACGGAAACGCUCUGUGUGGCCUUUUUCCUCACCAUCAAUGUCGGUGAGGAUGUGCCUCUCUGGUGGGCCCAUCUCCCCAAAAUAGCCCUUGACUGGGUCAACUUAACCCAGUUGGCUGGCGUAUGGAUUUUGUUCAAUAUCUGGUACUUCCUUGCAAUCUAUCACAGCCCCAUUAGCCGUGUCCGCAAGGCUAAGAGGAUUGCCCUGUAUAUUCUCUUCCUGAAUGUUUCCUUGAUCCCAUUGGUCAUUGAUGCCACGACGGAAUUGUUUUGCCCUCUAGGCGAUCUUUCGUGCGACCUGUUAGAGCAAUGGCCACUCAUGGUACUGUUGGGGCUUCACACAAAGUUAAUUAGACCAGUGACUCUUGGGCUCCUAGUUCUGUCCUUUUACGAACAAGCUCGACAGCCAAGAGUUGACAUCAGCAUCACAGGCCUCAAGGUCCAAGCUCUGGCGUUCUUCGUAUCCUCUGUUUGCUGGACCUUUCGGGUGUUUAUGCCCUGGAAAAUGAUUGGGGAACAUGUGCCGUUGGAAUCUUUAUAUGCAAAUGUUGUGAUAUGGUUCGAGAUGCUUGGAUUCGCCGUUGGUGGCGAUGCGAUUUUUGCGAUUGGGCAGUGCGUCUUAUUACGGCUUGAGUUGCGGAAAAUGCAUGACGAUGCUUCUCACACAGCUGGAGAGAGACAACCUCUGCUUGACCCGCCACAGGAAAGGGUCGAAGAGGUCUAA